AUGUUGAAUGUUCACCCAAUGCAGCUAACACAUGCACCUGAAUUUAGAAUCCAUUUGGAUGACAAUCAAGUAAUCUUACAUGGUACAGCAGAAGAAUCAGCCGGUGUCGUCUUACGAGGCAGCAUUAUCUUGACCUGCCAUGAGCAAACCAAAGUCAAAUCAGUCACCUUGAAGUUUAUGGGCACCACAAAUGUUAACUGGAGUGAAGGCCAAGGCUCCCACCAAAAGCAUUAUAGAGCAGAACGCAAGAUUCUUGAAAAAGAAUGGACAUUUCUGGAGCUGAAAAAGAAAGCACAUCAUCUUUGCCAAGGUCAAUACAAAUGGGAUUUCGAAUUACCAUUGCCGGGAAACUUACCAGAAACCGUGAAUCACAAAAUGGGUCAAGUGCAAUACCGUCUGAAAGCUUAUUGCGAUCGACCUACAUUUUCCAUGAAUUAUGUCGAUAAACGAGUUGUCAAAGUAACCAGACUCAUGUUACCGUCCUGUCUUGAAUUAAGCCAAUCUGUCAUCAUCUCAAAUGUCUGGGCAGACAAGGUCGCCUAUGACAUCAGUAUCCCUAGCAAGGUUUACUGCUCAAACAAAUCGAUCCCCAUCUCGUUUGAUCUCAUGCCAAUUGCACGUCAUCUUAAAAUCAAGUCGGUUGCAUGCUCACUAAAAGAGUAUGUUACUUGCUCUACUCUGGAUCACCAUAAAACCGAGGGAAGAAUUAUCAACCACCUCCGCGAUGAUCGCCUGUCGUUGGAUUCAACUACCGGUCGCUGGACAAGGACUGAGCUAUUGCAUGUGCCUUCUGAUACGAACCUUGUCAAUUAUGACAUGUGUGGCGAGUUGAUACAAGUAAAACAUAAGCUCAAGUUCACGGUUGCAUUACAAAACUCGGAUGGUCAUAUUUCCGAGCUGCGAGCUGCUAUUCCAGUAGUAAUAGCCCCGAUGCUCCCCGAGGACGAUGACAACACCUUGCCUGCUUAUGAAGAUGCUUGGUGGUCUAUCCCUUAUGAUGCAGAAACCAUGGCUCAUAUGAUUGCAAUGGGUGAAGUAUCUCCAUCUGCUGCUGCUGCUGCUCCUCCUCCCGCUCCUCCUGCUACGUCCGUUCCUCCUGCUUUGAUUUUGACAUCUGAUUCACACUCCACUUUAUCUUCCUUGUCAUCCACUUCUGUUAAUAGCAACAGUUUCAGUGAAGAGGACCUCUUGACACCCGAACCCUUGCCAUGGAUGGGUAUUGAUAUUUCUCGAGUUCCAUCAUACACAACUGCCUUACGUACAGGUGCUCCGUGUACAUUAUCACCCUCACUUCCCAACUAUGAAUCGAUCACCAUCGCUUGA